AACAAAUUCUUCGUUUAAAGAGAACACCUUGAGCAAAUGUCCGAAGAACUUUUUGCAUCACUUCCGUCCGGGUGCCGGAUCUGCUAUCAGGUAUUCGGCAACCCAUCGGAUACGGCCAUACUUCUCAUCUCAGGCCAUAGUUGUGCCAUGACACAGAAAACAGAUUGGAUCAUUGGGCCACUUAGUCCUCCAGAUCAUCCACAUUUCAUUAUUCGCUUUGAUCAUCGAGAUACAGGCCGGUCAGCCUCUUUUACCAAGCCAUCAGACGGAACACCGGUAUAUACACUAGACGACAUGGUCGAGGACAUCGUAGGGCUCAUUAAGCAUCUCAAACUCACAAACGUGCACCUUGUUGGCACUAGUUUGGGUGGAACUCUUGCGUGGCAAACAGCUAGUCGCUUGCCGGAUGUCGUUCGAAGUCUAGCCCUUGUGCUCACGAGCCCAGUUGGGAGGCAACAGAUCCCUGGUGAUGACCUGCCUCGGGUACACCUGGAGGGGCAGUGGCUGUUAGCCGAAGCGUAUGAGAUUCCAGAUAACAAAGAUGACGAUGAAGGCUGGAUCCAAUCAUAUAUGCGACUUGAUCUUGCUCUAGCAACUCAGCCGCCAACGGAGGAGGAAAAAGCGGAAUCGAGAAGGGAGUCUGAGAUUACAUACUACCGCGAGAAAGAGAGUGGGACUAUGUGGACCAAGUAUAACCACUCUGAUGCGUCGGGUGUGAGGUGGCCGCGCGAGUUACUCAAACAGAUCCGAUGUCCGACAGUUGUUAUUCACGCCGCAAAGGACCAGAUUUUCCCGCUUAAGCACGCCGAGGCUCUAAGAGAUGAUGUUGAAGGCGCAACGCUUGUCAUUAUCGAAGGCUGCGGGCAUGAGAUACCACAUCGAGUUCGCCAACAGAUGGUGGAUGCGAUUCUCGCCAACGUGAAGAAGGGAGAAUAGAGAGACUUAUUCCUGUGUAAUAGGCACUGCUGGCCUGAGCACAGAACUGUUAUAGAUAUUCUAUGCACAACUGGACGUGUAGAUAUAAUGUUCAGAAAUAAAAC